CUGUGAGCACAGCUUCAACUUGCUUCAGGGUUUAUCUACAUAUUGCAAUUUCAAAAGAUCAUCCCUAAAAAAAACAGAAAGAUGGGUAGUUUUGCAAUUCAAAGGAUAGAAAAUACUGUAGAGGUAAUUCCAAUGAGACUACGCGGUGAUGAUGCUCUGUCUACAACAAAAGACGAAACAAAACGGAAGGAAUCCAACAGUAUAAGCCAUUCAAACAACAUCCGCAAAGCAUCCUGGGCGAAGUGGAACCCGCAACAUUCGAGCAUUCUUAGCAGCGGAUUAUCUGACGAAAUUGUCUGUCAAACUUGCACGGACACGACACGUAACACAUCUAUGUUAAAUCAUAGUGGUAGAAUGAGUCUUCCAAUGAAUGGAAAAUACGCUAAUAAUCAUAUUCAUUGGAAGCGUAAUGGAGUACCAGACAAAGCCACGAGUCAGCAACGUUUUCCAGGCAAGGCAAAUGGCUCGUCGUCGCAGCUUAGCAAGCAACACAACUCCCACUCAGGGAAUGUAACCUGCUGUGGAUCAACCCGUAGCCGAACUUUUCAAGAGAAAAGCCCUGAUAAACCUUGGAAAAGCAAAGGGGAUUAUUUUGUAGCGAUGCUAACAUAUCUUCUGGGAGUAGGAAAUGUUAUCAGAUUUCCUCAGCUGUGCUUCAAACAUGGAGGAGGUGCAUUCUUCAUCCCGUACUUCAUCAUGUUAAUCUUAGAAGGAAUUCCCCUCAUUUGCCUUGAGAUGGCUGUUGGACAGAGACUGGGGAGGAACUCUGUCAUGAAAUCCUGGAAGGAUCUCAGUCCAAGUCUCAGAGGAAUUGGUAUGGCCGCGACCAUCGAAAGCCUGGUGACGUGCUUUUAUUACAAUUACAUUGUGGCCUGGUGCCUUUAUUAUUUUAUUCAUUCCAUGAGAAGUUCACUAUUAUGGACUACGUGUCCCACUAUAAAUGACACCGUAAAUGGAACUUUGGUCCCAGAGUGUUCACGAACUAAUCCAGCCGAGUAUUAUUGGUAUAGAGAAACAUUAGACGUUGCUGAAGAUAUCAAAAAAAGCACAGGAAUCAACAUGUAUCUGUUCUUGUUUGUUGUGAUCUCCUGGACGGUGUCGUUCUUACUAACCAUGCGUGGCUUGCGAGCAGCGUCAAAGGUUUUGCUUGUGGCUCUCAUUUUAAUCGUUGUCAGUCUCGUUACAUUUUUCUUUGUCAGCGUACAUCAUGACGGCUGGGCUCAAGGACUUGCAAGGCUUUUCAUCCCGGAGUGGGAAAGACUCAAAGACCCAGUAGUGUGGAUGGACGCCGCCGGGCAAAUUUUCUUCUCUCUGGGGGUUGGACUCGGCAGCGUUACCUUGUUUUCUACAGGGAACCAACCAAAAAACAGCUUCAUAAUGGAUGCUAUCAUGUGUGCGUUGGGAAACUGUGCAACCUCUUUAUGGGCAAGCAUUAUUAUGUUCUCGUUCUUUGGCUUCAAGGCUCGCAAAAAAUUUCUCAAAUGUGAGGAUAGACUCGCCGCACUCCGAGAUAACGACUCCUUGUUCAACACCACCAAAACAAUGACAUGUAGCUACCAAGAGAUAUUUAAUCAACUUCCUCCAGGGAUGUCCCUCGGGUUUGCGGGACUUAGCGAGGUGUUUACUCAGAUGUCCCUUUCUCCACCGCUUUGGUCUUCUCUCUUCUACUUUCUCUUGUUCUUACUAAGCUCCUCCAGUAUGGUGGGCAUGAUUGAGAUCGUAAUUACAACUUGCAAGGAGAUCACGUUUUUCACUCGAACGUGGAGAAAUGAAGUCAUUUGUGGAACAUUCUGUCUCACUAUGUGUAUCAGUAACCUAUUAUUCGUGCAAUCAACUGGUUUUUACUUGCUGGAAGUUAUCAGCAACGCUAGUUCCAUUCCUCUUCUCCUCAUCGGUCUUGCAGAGUGUAUAGGUGUAGCUUUUGUCUAUGGAAUGGAAAGGUUUUCAAAAGAUCUUAGUUCAAGAACUGGAAAACAAGUGAAGAGUAGAUGGAAGCUUUGUUGGAAGUUUGUUUCUCCCCUAAUAAUUUUCAGCGUCAUAGUUGGAGGAAUUGUCCAAAUGAUAAGAAAUGGAGAGUUCACAUAUACUGCGUGGGACCGAACUGAGGCAAAAGUCAAGGCACUACCUUAUCCUCCAUGGGCGUAUAUAAUAUAUCUGUUUUUCGUCCUGAUUCCAUCGGUAUGCCUAAUUUAUCCUCCCAUAAUGGACCGUCUAACACGCGGUAGACGAGGGCCGGAUGUAAUGCAGUCUCCGAGUGACAACAGUUCAGUUGCAAGCACUAACUGUGCCCCGCCCUGUUGUAUUGGAAGAUCAAGGUCGUACAGUAUCGAUAUCCCUCCUGUUAGUAAUAUCUGUGUUAACGGACAUGUGAACCGAACAGUUGACGAGAAUGAUUGAUGUUGCGAAGAUAUUACAAGUAAAUACCGCAGAUAUUACGAGUAAAUACCGCAGUUAAUGGCUCAAAACAUUUGGAAUCAAAGAGGGAGAACAAGCGGAUGAGUUCGAAGAGAAGUUAAAUCUCAUACUUAGCGAAGAAGAGCACGCGAUACUCUGGUCAGCGAUAAAUAUGCGCAUGCUUGUUUCGAUCGUUCCAGCUGACCAGAUACAUGCUCUUGUGAAACCUACUGGACCAGUAAAAAAACUCAGCUUUCAAAACUCGCAACAUUUUGUUUCAGAAGUGCUGAUUUUAAAAUAAAAUGGUUAGAAACUAA